AUGGUCGCUCACGAAUCUCGAGCACCACCACUGGCUGAUGACGAUGCGAUUCAGAGGCUUUACAACUGGGUGGAUGAUAUACCACUGUCCCGGCCGAAGCGUAACAUAUCGCGAGACUUUGCAGAUGGUGUGAUGAUGGCAGAGACUGUUGCUCACUAUAUACCGAAGAUAGUUGAGCUCCAUAACUACUCUCAAGCCAAUGCACUCACACAGAAGAUGUACAAUUGGAACACGUUGAAUCAGAAAGUCUUCCGCAGAAUGGGAUUCCUAUUACAUCCCGAUGAUGUGGAAGAUUGCGCAAGAGCUAUUCCCGGUUCGAUCGAGAGAGUGCUAGCCCUGGUUCGCCCACGACUGUACCAGCGAGCAGAGGACCCCGAGGGCCAGGUGAAGAGCGAACGAACACGAGACAACAUGCCUGAUCGGGAGAAGGACGCUAUCAUGGCUGAGAAGGAUAGGACGAUUAGCGAGCUCAGGGAAUGCGUUGAAUUGUUGACUAGGAAAAUAUCCAAGUUGGAGCAAUUGGUUAGAAUUAAAGACCAGAAGAUUGUAACCCUGCAAGAGCGUCUAGCUGCAGCGCCUGGAUCGUUUGCAUUGCAUGCUUCCUCGUAA